GGGCACUUUGCUAACAUAACUGGUUCCUUGUUUAGAAUUAUGUUGCUGAUUUGCCUCAAAUCAAUGUAAAAAGAACCAGAAUAAAGUAGGAAAACAUUGACAAUGGCGUCACAUGGAAGAGCACACGGCGUUCCCCACGGUUGGCCUAAACAAUCUAAUACUGCAUCCUUCCCAAAAUAUGGCACUGCAAAUUCUAUCGUUACUCUCGACAGACCAAUCAAUUUGUAUCCUUUAACCAACUACACAUUUGGUACAAAAGAGCCUCUUUAUGAAAAGGAUAGUUCUGUACCAGCCAGAUUUGCCAGGAUGAGGGAAGAUUUUGAGAAGAUUGGUAUGAGACGAUCGGUUGAGGGUGUAUUGAUUGUACAUGAGCAUGGUCUUCCACAUGUACUCCUGUUACAGCUUGGUACAACUUUCUUCAAAUUACCAGGAGGUGAAUUAAAUACAAGUGAAGAUCAAGUUGAAGGCCUUAAAAGAUUACUUACAGAGACACUUGGUAGACAAGAUGGAGGGACCAUGGAAUGGGCCAUAGAAGAUACGAUAGGAAAUUGGUGGAGACCAAACUUUGAACCACCACAGUAUCCAUACAUACCAGCCCAUAUUACAAAGCCAAAAGAACACAAAAGAUUGUUUUUAGUACAGUUACCAGAAAAAGCAUUGUUUGCAGUCCCUAGAAAUUACAAAUUAGUAGCAGCACCAUUAUUUGAACUGUAUGACAAUUCUGCUGGAUAUGGUCCUAUAAUAUCAAGUUUACCUCAGGCACUGAGCAGAUUCAAUUUCAUCUAUAAUUAAUAGGAUUUGUUUGUUCGUCUAAAGAAGAGAGAAUUGGUGUUGUAAAAAGGCAGCCCACAUACAAGCUGAUCUGUUUUAGAGACAGGACUCUAUUUUUUAUUAAUAAAGACAUGUUUUUUUCAUGAUUUUUAUAUAAAAAGUAAUCUAUAUGUAACAAAUGAGGGUUAUUCUUGAAUACUGGAUUUUUUUCAAGUCAUUACACUAUAGACAAUGUAUAACUGUAAAAAUGAACUUUUUUUAAACAAUCUGAUUUUCACCUUUUAUCAUGACAUUGCUAACGGCUCAAUUGUAAGAGCCAUGAGAUUAAUGUGUAUGGACUUGUAGUUUAAAAGUGCAAAAUAAAAAGGGGAAAAACAGCAAUUUCAUAUAUAUUUUAGUCAUUUUCAUUGUUGCAUUUGUAAGACACAUCUGUAAGUUGUCAUCAUCAGAAAUCAUUUAUGUACAUACAUGUUUCAAUAAUCAUGAAAAUAUUUGUUAUCCUCA